CAACAAUGAACAUCCCCAACGAAUAUAUUGCAAAAACAGAGGAUGUGGCGGAUCAGGUCAUUCGACGCGGUAAAAAUAUCCUGCCCACAGUUGCCCGCCUGUGUUUGAUAGCCACAUUUUUUGAAGAUGGUCUUCGUAUGUACUUCCAAUGGAAUGAACAACGCGAAUAUAUGGAUAUGAGCUGGGGUUGUGGCAAAUUUUUGGCUACUGUAUUUGUGUUAGUUAAUUUAAUUGGACAACUGGGAGGCUGCGGUAUGGUCAUUGCUAGAUUUAAGGUUGACAUUGCUGUUGGUGUUCUAUUCUUUAUCGUUGUAUUGCAGACAAUUGCCUACUCUAUUCUGUGGGACAUUCAAUUCUUGUUGCGUAAUUUAGCUUUAAUUGGUGCACUACUCCUGGUGUUGGCUGAAUCACGUGUCGAAGGACGUAGUCUAUUUGCUGGUGUACCCACAUUGGGUGACAAUAAACCGAAAAAUGUUAUGCAACUCGCUGGACGUAUUUUGCUUGCAUUUAUGUUUAUUACAUUGAUUCGUUUCGAAUUAAGUUUCUUGCAAAUCCUUCAAGAUAUUGUUGGUUCAAUCCUGAUGGUUUUGGUAACAAUUGGUUACAAAACAAAAUUGUCUGCCUUAAUUUUGGUUGCCCUCUUGACUAUCUUAAAUUUGUACCAUAACGCGUGGUGGACCAUUCCCUCGUACAAACCUCUCAGAGAUUUUCUUAAAUAUGACUUCUUCCAGACCCUAUCAGUUAUUGGUGGUUUAUUGAUGAUUGUGUCAUUGGGUCCCGGUGGUGUAUCUAUGGAUGAACAUAAAAAGAAAUGGUAGAUGAUGAUGACGAUGA